GCUCCUUCAGGGACUGAAAUCCUGGACCAGGAUCAAUGAAUUUAAUUCAUUGUGUUUGUGAUGGUCUGUUGUGCAUGAGGACGAUCGAUGUUCCCGCAAAGACUGUGCAGCAGAACACGGACGCCACACUGCCCUGCCCUCACGCAACAGGAAGUGGAGAUGUGACGUGGUGGCGUGUGAGACACGGGGAGAAGGUGGUUCUCGUCACUAUCAAAAAUGGCCACAAGGAAAGCUGUGAGGAACGCUACGAUUCCCCGGGAGAUAAUUCACUGGUCAUACGCAGCGUCCAGGUCUCUGAUGAGUCCAUGUAUUUCUGCAACAAUAAACCAAUAUAUCUGAACGUGACCUCCGAGCCCAACAUGGUGGCGCCCACACAAGGUGAAGUACCAGUCACACACAGGGACAACGCUGUGGGUCCAGGAGGGAGCGGCACAGAGGACCAGCCCUCACACCUGUGGAUGAUACCUGUCGGGUCGGUUAUAGGUGGCGCUCUGGUGCUGGUAGCCGUGGUGACGCUGAGGCGGUGCUCAGAGAGGAGACGCAGCGGCCCCGACACGCCUGUGACGGAGGGGAUCUACGAGGAGAUCGAGGACGGCAGCCUGCAGCCAGAUGUGGAGAGUCCCUACUACUGGUCCACUGUCAUAGCAACGACAGACCCCCCCACCCCCACCCCCACCCCCACCCCCACAAACACCGCUCUGUACAGCACCGUUACCAAGAGCAACAGGGAAGGACGGGGUGAGGAGGGUGUGUAUUCUCUGGCCCAGAAUCCACAGACAGACAGACAGACAGAUAAUCAGACAGACAGACAGAGAGACAGACAGACAGACAGAUAAUCAGACAGACAGACAGACAGACAGACAGACAGAUAAUCAGACAGACAGACAGAGAGACAGACAGACAGACAGAUAAAUAGACAGACAGACAGACAGACAGACAGAUAAACAGACAGACAGACAGACAGAUAAUCAGACAGACAGACAGACAGACAGACAGACAGAUAAUCAGACAGACAGACAGACAGAUAAAUAGACAGACAGACAAACAGACAGAUAAUCAGACAGACAGACAGACAGACAAAUAAUCAGACAGACAGACAGAGAGACAGACAGACAGACAACAGAUAAAUAGACAGACAGACAGACAGACAGAUAAACAGACAGACAGACAGACAGACAGAUAAUCAGACAGACAGACAGACAGACAGAUAAUCAGACAGACAGACAGACAGACGGACAGAUAAACAGACAGACAGACAG